AUGCCACCAGCCGCCGCACCUUUCUUGGCUGCCGGCCAGCAUCCUCCGCCGAACCCUGCCUCUUUGGCCCAGGCUCUGAGAGGUAUUAAUGAUGGCACUAAGGAGCUGUCCCUCGAAGGCCGUAUGCCGCCUCCCAUGGAAAAUUCACCCUAUACUAAGAGCAUAUCGUCCACUACUCCUGGAUCCCCCAGGAUCCCUCCGCUCAGGCAAAACUCUGGUACCCAGACUCCCAGGGUACGCCCUCAUGCCACCACCCUUAACAUUCCUGGCAUGACCAAGUCCACCAUAUCACCCGACGGCAAAAUUGCAGAUCGCGAUGUCGCUGCCAAGCUUGUCAUCAUCAUGGUCGGCCUGCCCGCUCGUGGCAAGUCCUACAUCACCAAAAAGCUCAAGCGAUAUCUCUCAUGGCAGCAACACAACACUAGAAUUUUCAAUGUUGGAAACAGGAGACGUGUGGCCGUCGACGUACGCUCGCCCUUGAAGCCCGCCCACGAGAAUCCCAUGGAUGCGCAUGCCCAGGUCGCACAAAUACUACUGAACGGCAAAGAGGCAAAGCAGGAAUCGCCUACCCGCAAGGCGACGUCGGAACCAGCUGAAUGGAACCUCGACGACUCUAGUGCUGGAUCACGAGUGGAUCAAUCCGCAAAUUUCUUCGACCCCAAGAACUCUCAGGGUUCAAGGAUCCGAGAGCAGCUCGCUAUUGACACUCUUGAUGAGCUUUUAGACUACCUCAUAGAUGGAGGCGGCGCCGUUGGAAUCCUCGAUGCAACCAAUAGCACCAUUGAACGUCGCCAGAGACUAUUUGACCAUAUCAAGGCGAGAGAGCCAAAGCUUGGUAUUCUCUUCAUCGAGAGUGUUUGUCAAAACCCAGAUAUCUUGGAGGCAAACAUGCGACUCAAGCUCUCUGGUCCUGACUACAAAGACAAGGACCCUGUCAAGUCUUUGGAGGACUUCCGAGCUCGUGUCAAACAAUACGAGAGCGCCUAUGUGCCACUAGGCGACUACGAAGAGGAUCAUGGGAUGCAAUACAUCAAGAUGAUUGAUGUCGGCAAGAAACUGACACAUUUCGGCUUGGAGGGCUUCCUUUCCGGCGGUAUUGCCCACUAUCUCUCGUCUUUCAACCUGGCCCCAAGACAAAUCUGGAUUACAAGGCACGGUCAGUCCGUUGAUAAUCAUCUGGGCAAGAUUGGCGGCAACUCUGAGCUUACGGAACGUGGUCAUUUUUACGCGCAUGCUCUCUAUGGCUUCAUCACCCAGAAACGAGGCGAAUGGCUGGUUGAGCAGAAGGACAAGCUUGCCAAGUUCACAUUUCCCCCCUUGCCUGGUGACAGAUCACCGCCUUACCCCGAGAUGAACCGGGAGCUCGAUGAAAAGAACACGUGUGUCUGGACAUCUAUGUUGAAACGAAGUAUACAGACAGCAGAAUAUUUCGAAGCUGAUGACGACUAUGACACGAAGGCGUUUGAAAUGCUCAAUGAGCUCAAUGCAGGCAAGUUCGAGGGCUUGACAUAUGAAGAGAUUGCCCGCUCUCAUUCGGACGAGUACGUAAAGCGGCAGUCCGACAAACUUCACUAUGUAUACCCUGGAGUCGGCGGCGAGGGCUACCUUCAGAUCAUCAACAAACUCCGGGAUAUGGUACGUGAGAUUGAGCGUAUCAAGGACCAUGUCGUUGUCAUUGGCCAUCGAUCGGUUUGCCGGGUCUUGAUGGCAUAUUUUAUGGAUCUCACGAGGGACGACAUUGCAGACCUAGACGUCCCACUUGGCAUGGUUUACGCCAUCGAGCCCAAGCCCUACGGAGUCGAGUUCCAUGCCUACAAAUACAACGAGGAGAAGGGCUGGUUCGAAGAGCUGCCGGACUACAGACCUUCGAAAACGGUUGACCAGAACGCAUAA